AUGAAAAAUGCUAUUGGAAAUCAGGACAUCUGUAUCUCUGCUAUCUAUGCUAAAUGUACUACAGCUGAAAGAAGAGAUCUCUGGGAAAGUCUUGAAGAAGACAACCUGAAGUUACCGAUAUUGGGUUCACUAGUUCUCACCUCACCUGGUGCCAUAAUAGAAGCCCUAGAAAGAGAAUUUGGAAGAGAUUGGAUAGAGUUUGUAUCAAGAUCUAUGGGAUCAAGAAUUCAAGAACUGCUCCUUCAGCGUUCUUCAAUCGCUUCCUAUUUAUCCUCUCUGCUUCCCAAAGGUACUCUUAAGUUAAUUGAGAAGCACCUUGCUAAUUUCUUUUGGGGAAGUAGCCAGGAUCAUAAAAACUAUCAUUGGAGCUCUUGGGUUAAUCAUAGUGUUCCAUGUGAUGAAGAGGGAAUAGGAACCAAAAAUAUGAUUGAUUUCAGUAAUACUCUAGCAAUGAAAAGAUGGCGGAGGUUUAGAACCUCCAAUUCUCUUUGGGCCAACAUUGUUAGAAACAAAUACUGCAUUAGAUCCCAUGUUGUUGGCAAAAAGUGGGCUUUAGGUGAUUCUCAUGCCUGGAAGCCUAUGCUCCAGGUGAGUGAGGAAGCAGAAAAACAUAUGCUCUGGCAGGUCAAUUUUGGCACUAGUUUCUUCUGGUGGGACAAUUGGACUUAUAAGGGCCCUCUAGCACAUCAAGCUCCAGAAUUAGCUAAGAGUUCUAAACUCUUAGUUAAGCAAUUCAUCAAGCAGGGCAGAGGGGAUUUGGACAAACUGAGAAGGACUUUGCCUAAUCAUCUUUGUGAGAUUAUUCGCAAAAUAGAAAUUGGCAACCCUGAGAAAGAGGAUCAAGUGUCCUGGGAUCUAACUGAGAAUGGCAAUUACUCCAAUAAAACAGCCUGGAACCUGGUAAGAUCCAUUACAGCUAAACAACCACUCAUCAACAAGACUUUGAACCAUGUGUUCAGUCAAGGAGCAGCUGCUAGUAACAUUUGGAAUCAAUUUGGAGCCCCUCUAGGGAUUAAACACUCUCAUCUGCCCAUUAGACAUGUUAUUAAUUCCUGGUGGCUACUCACUUUCCCAUGGAAAGAUUUUUGCCACAACUUGGUGAAGCUUCAACCAGUCUCAAGGAUUUUGGUGGUCUGUUGGAACAAACCAGAAUCAGGCUAUCUCAAGCUUAACACGGAUGGAAGUUUCAACAAAAGUAAUGGCAAAGCAGGACUAGGAGGAGCACUCAGAGAUGAGAAUGGACAGCUGGUCAAGGCUUCCUCCAUACCAAUUCAGUGUACAAAUCACAACAUUGCAGAAGCUAGAGCAGCCUUGUAUGGAGUUAACUGGUCCAUUCAAAAUGGGCAUACUAAUCUCGUUAUUGAAUUGGAUUCAAUGGUGAUCACGGAGAUGCUCAAGGACAAGAAGGCAGGCAACUUCAGACUCAACAGGAUAAUUGAGGAGACAUCAGAUAAGCUCAAACAUGCUACUGUCAAGUUCACACAUUGCUAUAGGGAAGCUAAUCAACUUGCAGAUUGGCUGGCUAAAAUGGCAAUGAACUCUCACGACAACAACAUCUACUUAUCAGAUCAAGAACACUCCAAUGGUGCAAAAGGAUCCUUCCUCUUAGAUAAGAGACAAGUGCCUUCCAUGAGAUCAAAAUUUGACAAGGCAAAUUUUUUUGUUAGUUAG